AUGGCGUUUUUGAGUGGUGUUCUUGACUCUGUGAAGGAUGAUGAUAACGUCACAACUUAUGAUAACGAUGGUGAUAAAAUUACUUCAGUUAUUUCCUUUCUUAACAAUAAUGUAGGUAAAGGCCGUCAGGCCUUCCGUGUCGCCGUGACUGAGGUGGAGGAGAGGACUGGAAGAGUUACUGAGGAAUUAGGUGAGUUGAGUGAUAAAUUAUCAUCUGGUGCAGGUGGACAAUAUUAUGAAGAGGUGAAGAACCAAGACGGUCAGAAGCUUGAGACGCAGCUGAAGGCCUGGAAGGAUACACUCCAUAACAUCCACAUAGAUAUAAAACACAUAGCAGACACUGACAUUAAUGAUUUAGAUAGGGACUUAAAAACUGCAUUGUUACAUGAAACAAAAGUCGUUGCGAAAUCCGUGCAGGUGUUGAAGGAGUCGGCAGGGGAUGGGAACCUUGCGAGCCAGGCACGGCAUGUGGACGACCAGUUGCGGAUUCAGAAAGAAACCGUUGAUAGAGUUAUAAAGACGGGGAGUGAAACAAUACAGAAAUCUAUGAGAGAGGAAUUUGCAAAAAUAUGGGAGAGCGUUGUUAUUUUAGAUUCAAUCAGAGCAGAUGAAUAUAAGUUGGUGAACAAGGCUGUAAAGGCUGCGAAGGAUGAAGCAAAUAAGUUGGUUGAGGAUUUCAAUGGGACCUAUAAGAAUGACAUUUGUAAGCAUUUUGAAGAUAUCAGAGUAGCCGUUGAAAAGGUACAUUCAAAUUUAACUGUAAAAAAAACCAAGCUCGUAGAAUUGCUCCGCAAUGUUCAGGGGUACUUUGCAGAGAUUAAGCAGGGCGUCAGGGGAGAAGUCAGCAAUUUAAAAAGCGGUAUAAUGUUUGCUUGGAAUGAGCUCAAGAGAAAGAUUACGACGUCUGUUGGAGAGCUAUAUACCACUGAGACUGGCGAUCCUCUAAAGUUUAAUGUACUCCGUAGAAUAGUCGAUGGCGUGCAGAAGUAUUCUAAGAAUUUCAACGAUGAAGAGAAUGAAGGUGAAGAUGAUGAAGAUAAGAAAUUUGAAGAUAUACUACAAGAUUGGAUUGAUGACCUUCUGUAUAUCGAACCGGUGAAGAGUUAUAUUGGGAAGUAUGUUACGGAUAACAGUGGCAGUAUUGAGUCAACAUACACCACGGAGGAAGGUGAGAAAGGCAGUGGAAUUUAUCUGAAGCUUAACAAAGUAAUUUCAGGUCUGAUUAAGGGCAAACUUAAAAAGGAAAUUAGCCAGGCAGUCUUAGCCGCUGCAGCUCUGAUCGAACAUGCCGCCGACACCUCCGCAGACAAGAUCAAAGCAUAUGCAAGCGCCGUUCAAUUUGGUUGUAAUGCAUUUGCAAAAGCACUUGGAGAGAGACUAAAGAUUGAGGAUGGGGGAGAAGAUGAUUUUGCUACAGUGAUUGGUACCCUAGUACAGGAAAUUGGCGAGGCAGUUAAAGAGGGUAACCCGCCUAAAAACACCGGUGAAGUUACGGCCGCCAUUCAACUGAUAGUAGAACAACUCGUCGGCGUGGCCAGUGGCGCAGCUGCGGAACUGGAACGAUUCUUAGAUAAAUCAAACCUAGUUGAUAACAUACAAUUGGCUAUAAAGAGUGUCGUUAAUAUUGCAACGCAAUUUGAUAAGCAAAACGCAUCUAAUUUCGGUCCCAAAAUUGAUACAGCCUUGGGUGAAGUGAAUCAAAAUAUAAUGGCAGUUAGUGGAUAUUUUGAGGUGCAACAAACGAGGAAAGAAGGCUCAAUUUUCAAUCAGCUCGGAACUAUUCAAAUGGAACUCGCAAGGCUAGAGAGGAUUUCCAAAUAUGAUAAGGAAGGCGAAAUUAACGUGAAAAAGAGUGACUCAGAUGGGCUUAUGCACAAAUUAAAAGGUAAAAUAAGUGACAUUCGGGACCGAAUUAAUGAAGUUGACUUAGCUGUAGAAAAGGCCGAAAAGGAGUUGAAAGCUUUCAUAAACGCAGCCAAGGCAGCUGUUCAUGAAGCCCACGGUAAUGUGUCACAUACUGUGUCACAACUUCAAAAAGAACUCCUAGAGCAAACUGAAAAGUCCUUUAAAAUCCUCACCACAGCAGCCCAAACACUCUUCGCAGACGCCCACAAAGCAGACCUGCAAGCAUUACAAACCUUAGUGACACAACAAAAGGAGGAAAUCGAAAAAAUCAUCCGCAAGGACAAACGGAACGGCGUGAAAGGCCUGCUGAGAGAGAUGUACAAAACGAGUGGAAGCCGGUUUAAAACUUUGAAGGAUGCCGUUUCUUCACAACCUGGCAAAUCGGAGGAUCACGCUAAAAUGUUUAGACGAUUGUCCUCUAAAUUCAAGGAAUACUUAGUUAAAGUUCUAGAUUACCUGGAGUAUCAGGUCAUGACUCCGAAAGGAGAUGAGACUCCGGAAAGAAAGCAUAAUCAGCAAUCGGAAAAGGUUCACAAAAUAAAAACCGAAUUAUACAUAUUACUAGAUCACCUCAAAGCCCAUGUCGGUAAGAAAUACAAUUUCGACUACGAGUUCAACAAAAAAUUGGCGUCACUCAAAGAUGCCGUCACCGCCCUAAGCGCCACGGAAUUCGGCCAAGGCGUAAAUCCCAAGCUGCUCAACGUUGUGAAACGCGGCAUGACGGACUGGUGCAAGCAGUUAGGGUACGCCUAUGUGAACGUGUACGACGAUGAGAAAUUUGAGGAGGAGUUGAGGGACGGUAAAUUUGUUCUCACCCCCGGAAAAGAACCCGAGCCGGUAUACGAGUUGAACGACUAUGGACGGAAGUUGUCGAAAGUCCUUCUCACUUGCGUUUCCACAUUGUUCCAUGACAUUGAAAAGCUACGAACGCAAUGUAAAGAUGACGCUGCGUGGAAAGGAAUGCAAAUUCACCUACGCGAGAAAAAUAAUAAAGAGAAUCCACUCGGCGAAUUUUUUGACAACUGCGGAUUUAUUGUUUCGAAAGAUUAUAAUGGCUAUGAAGGCGAAUUGCUUAAUAAGCCGGAGUGCACGGGUAAAUAUAUUUAUGAUAGCCUCUACCUCAAUUCAAAAGGCUUAUUACCAGCCGAUUUGCGUUUGACAUUAAGUGACAUCUGCUCAGAUUCACGUAAUAUACUCACUUCUAUCCUGGGCAACGGCGACGCCUAUACGACAUACGCCUGCGACCUCUCUAACAAUUCCUCGGUUUUACAUUACCCCUCUAAUCCAUCCGCGUGCCUCGACAUGUUGCUUGACAUCCUGCGUAGAAUAUUCCCUCCACUUAAAUUUCUGCUGAACCAGUGUAACAAUGCGUCAUCCGACUGCGGUUGGUUGCAGUGCAGAUACGGUAAAGACAUUCGCCCUUCCAAAUCGCUGUGCAAUGAGCACACCAAAAGCAAAAUUGAUUGCGAACCCACUUCACCGUUAAUGUCUUAUCUCACAGACGGUCUUCUCGGUCACCUACCUCACACUCUAACAUCUAUUGGCUGUAGAGCUGUGUGCAUAAAUUGUCCUACCGGCAAACCAGGAAUGCCGUGUCUGACACCUCUUGAUUCAGAGGUUUCUCAGGCAGUACACGUAGAGGCAAAGACCUAUGUAACGUGCUAG